CCGCCCUCGCGCUGACGCGGAGGGCUUCUGCUUGGCCAGCGCACCCCGGGAAAUGGAUGCCUGCCAGGGCGCCCAAGCGGGAUUCCUGGAAAACAAAACCCUUGGAGAGCGUGCAUUAAGAAGCUUUUGCUGUUUCCUGCCUGGGCCGGUUCCUGAUGUCCCUUCUCUCCCCUCACAGGUGCCUCAGCGUGGCUAGUUGCCGCUAGAUCGGGGGACAUCUUUCUCUGGUGGAAGUGGAGGCUGCCCGCUGAGCAGGCAGAGAUGAGGACGGCAGAGGAUUCAACCGGGACAGUUCUGCACCGCCUCAUCCAGGAGCAGCUGAGAUACGGAAACCUCACUGAGAACCGCACGCUGCUGGCUAUCCAGCAGCAAGCCCUGCGCCGAAGCGGCCAGCGCAGGCCCGAGAGCAGCGGCAGGCGCCCGGACGACUCGCUGAAGGACCUGAAGCACGGCCAUGUGAGGUCGCUGAGCGAACGCCUCAUGCAGAUGUCCCUGGAGAGGAACGGGGCCAAGGCGCAGAACCACAUGAGCUCUUCUCACAGCUACCCCCAGCUUUCCAGGCACUACCAGCUCUCUGCCCUCAGAGGCCACCACUCCGAGGGGACCGAGCCACGGGGACCUCCUCCAGAGUACCCCUACGUCCUGCCUUCCCAGGACGCCUCGGUUGCUUACCUGGCGGAUCCCAGACCCUGCUCGCGGGAAGGUCCUGCAUUUCAGCACCCUGACAUCAGGGUGAUGCAGACUCACGUCCCUCAAGCUUUCCUGCCACAGCAGAGUCCCCUAUGUCACAGUCCGCUAGGCUCACUCACCCCUGCCGGGAUGGAGGCCUUGAUGACAGCCCAGGCGGCCUCGGCCAGCACCCGCUUGGUCCAGGUGGAGACUGUACUGAGAGACAACGAAAAACUGCUGCGGGAAAAUGAGAAGCUCCAAAGGGAAAGUGAUAAGCUACGGCAGGAGCUGGAGGGAUAUGUUGAGAAAGCGAGCCGGAUCCAGAAGCUGGAAACGGAGAUUCAGCGCAUUUCAGAGGAUUAUGAAAACCUCAUGAAGGCAUCUUCCAAGCGGGAAGCGUUGGAGAAAGCCAUGAGGAGCAAGAGAGAUGGGGAGAUGCGUCGGCUCCAGGAUUUCAACCGGGACCUGAAAGAACGGUUGGAAUCUGCAAACAAGCAGCUGGCCAGCAAGACCCAGGAAAACCAGGAGAAUAAUCAAGGCACAGUGGCGAAACUCCUUGCACAAAGCUAUGAGCACCAGCAGGAGAAGGAGAAGCUGGAGCGGGAAGUCUCCCUGCUGCGCAGCGCUAACGAGGACCAGCGGCGACGGGCAGAGCUGCUGGAGCAGGCGCUGGGCAGCGCCCAGGCCCGGGCGGCCAAGGCCGAGGCCGGGCAGGCUGGGGCAGUGAGUGCCAGGCAGCGUCUCCUCCUGGCACCAUCUCACUCUCUCUGGGGGUUUUCUUUGCCGGUGCAGAGGCAAGCAAGUGCCCCAGGUGGGGGGCCCUCGGAGCUGAGCGCCCACACGCUCUCCGAGCAGCUGAGGGAGAAGGAGGAGAAGAUCCUUGCGCUGGAGGCCGACAUGACCAAGUGGGAGCAGAAGUACCUAGAGGAGUGUACCAUGCGGCAGUUUGCCAUGGAUGCUGCAGCCACCGCCGCCGCCCAGCGGGACACGACACUCAUCAGCCAUUCCCCACGGCACUCCCCCAACAGCAGCUUCAACGAGGACCUCCUCCUGGCCAACCACAAGCAUCAGGAAAUGGAGAACAGGUUAAAAGUCCUUCACGCCCAAAUACUGGAGAAGGAUGCCGUCAUCAAAGUGCUGCAGCAGCGCUCACGGAAAGACCCCAGCAAAGCUCUCCAAGGCUCCCUGCGGCCGGCCAAGUCCGUGCCGUCCAUUUUUGUAGCCUCUGGGACCCAGAGCUGGCAGGGUGCUAGCCCAAGCGACCGGCUGACAGAGGGUACCUCCCGAGGAGGUGCAGCCAGCAAAGCCCCAGCAGAAGAGCCAGCAGCAUUGCCCACCUCUGGCCCCCUGCCCUUUCACUCCAAGCAUGGCAGCAAGGAUGGGAGCACGCAGACGGACAGCCUGGCUGAGAGUAGCAGUCAGGGUGAGGGGCCUGAGUGUCCGGCCAGCUCACUGGAGAGCUUGGCUGCUGCGAGAGCCCUUGACCUAUCUGACAUGGUGGAGAUCUUGAUUUAAGGACGGGCAGUUCUGGCCACCCAAGGCAGAUGCGUUAUCCUCUCCAACCUCACAGACUGCUGUAUGGUCAGAGAAGCCCUUAGGUCACCAGAUGCCUGGCUGAGACUUGUUCUCCAUAGCAGCAAAUUCCUGGAUGGCGGAGUUUGAGAGAAGAAGGGUUCGGAGUCAGUAUGCUACAGUCUGCGGGGCAGGGGACCGGGCCGUGCCUCCAACCCUCCACAUGGCCUGCUGUGGUCAGAGCUGUGCUUGGUCCCUGCCCAUGCUCUCCUGCAAGAAAACAGUGCUCUGCAGCCAGGGAAGGCCAGCUCCACAGUCCCCUGGUCACUGACACGGAGCCAGCCAAGGCGAAGAGGUUAUAGAGCUGUCCUCUCCUUCCAAGCUGUGACCUGGAGGACAGCGGCAUCUCGUUUGUGGGCAGGCUGGUUUUGGCAGAUGGCCCUAGCAGCCCUCGUGCUGCAGAUCUGUGCCGCCAGGUUCAGGGAGUGGGGCUUGCUGCUGGGAUGGCCAGAGUCACUACUUUGCAUCCCGUCAUCGCCCUGUGCAUGCACGUGCCUCCCCUCCUGCCAGAGGGACUGGAACUGCACAGGACAAGAGGCGCUCUGGAGCGCUCAAGACCCUGGAGGUGUUUGUGUGUGGAAGUUGUACAGUGACGAGGGCUUGCAGCCCAGGAGACAUGAUCCCCCUGUAAAUACAUCCAUGUUUUGUAGAACAGGAGCAAACAUAUUUAUCAUUUCAGUUUCUUUCCCUUCCUCCUCUCCAGCCUCCUUUGCUGAUCAUGGCGUAUCUUUCCUUCCCCCUCACUUUUCAGGUCCUUUUUUUUGUUCUGCCCAGAUCCUGUCUCUGGAUCUCUGCCUUCGGAGUCCCCUGAAAUGUUUCCUUCAGGGUGCUUUUCCAUGGCUCUUCUGACUGGAAUUUCCCUUCUGUCUGAAUAGUAGCCAUGAGCCAAAUGUCUCUGUGCGAGUAUGGAUACGUCUCUGCUUCUGAGCUGCUCUUUGCAGGGGCAGAGCCAGGAGAGAUCUGCAGCCAGUCUCCAUCAACUGAGCUCCAUCCAAAUCCAUGUGGCCAAGUUGAGCAGUCCCAGGGUCAGGAGUUGAAAACCUUUAUUUGCCGGCAUCAUACCUCUGGGUUUCUAGUGCAGCUGCGGGAAGGAGAGGGAUUUGGGAAGGAGCUUUCAGAAGAGUCCUAGGUAUGUUUCAAUUGACAGGUUUGUCUUUGUAAAGGGAGGGAAUGGGGUAGUGGUUGUACCAAAAAAAAAAAAAAAAAAAAAAGAGGUGGAGGAGAAAUCUGAUUGAAAGCGGGGAUGAAAUACUCUUGAAGCGAAACAAGCAUGUCUGAUUUUGCUGGGGUGGGAUGUGUCGCCCUUUUCUGGAUCUGCGAGCUACGCCUGGUCUCUUCUCACUGGGAAUCCUCAUACCUCCCUUGUCUACUGGCAGCUGGCUUCUGGCAGUAGCCAACUUUGAUUUUAGUGAGAGUUUCUCAGUCUUCUGAACUCGGAUACUUUCCAGCCUUGGCCUUUGUGUAUUUUUUUUUUCUUUCUUCUUUAAACAUCUAUGCAUUUGCUGGACAACUGCAUUUUUUAUUUUCUCUCCUAGACACGUAAAAAAUGCGUUCGGUUCUUGUGCAUUGUUUACAAAGUGGAAAACAAAAAAAAAUAUGAAAGAGGAAAAAAACAACUUAAUAUAUUUUAUAUUAAUAUUGGUAUUUCUUUUUAAGUAUUUUUUCGUGCUGUGAACUUUUUUUCUGCCAAAGACAAUGAGUUCUUGUUUGUGCAUUUUAAGUUAUCUUAAGUAUUUAAACGUAAACCUGGCUGUUUCGUUAUGCCGCCCUAUACCGAGAUUGCUGUAGCAUUCC